ACAGACCCCCGGAGCGACAGCCCGCUUGCUGCCUUCACAGACUGGAGAUCUACAAAGAAGCAGCAGAAACAUGAAGGCAGUGGGGUUUCGUGAUUGUAAUCUACUAUUUUAGUUUUCCAGUGAAUGUGGGGUCAGCAGGGGCAGCAUGUCUCUUCCACUGGAUAUACGCUCUUACCAGAAAGACCCCUCCUUGGGGACGCUGGAGAAACAGCUCAUCUGUCCCAUCUGCAUGGACGUCUUUACCAAACCUGUGGUCAUUCUGCCCUGCCUGCACAACCUCUGCCGCAAGUGUGCCAAUGAGCUCUACCAGCCGACUCUCUUCCAGGUUGGAAUUGAAGGUAGUUUCCGCUGCCCUUCCUGUCGGCGUGAGGUCGUCUUGGGCCGUCAUGGAGUUUUUGGACUGCAACGCAAUUUGCUGGUGGAGAACAUUAUUGAUGUUUACAAGCAGGAGUCUGAAAGCUAUAGGCCUCCACCGAUGCCUCCUGCAGAGUUCAACUGUAAAGAGCAUGAAGAUGAGAAGCUCAAUAUUUACUGUAUCACGUGUCAGCAGCCGUCCUGCUCUCUCUGUAAGGUGUUUGGGGCACACAAGAACUGCAAAGUAGUUCCUUUGCCAGAUAUUUACCAGAAGGAGAAGGCUGAACUCAGUGACAGACUUGCAUCUUUGGUGUCCACAAAUGAGCGUGUUCAAUCAUUUGUCAAUGAUCUAGAGGCGCUCAACAGGAACAUAGAGGAAAACAGCAGGAUCCAGAAACAGAUUCUGUGUGAGAAAUUUGAUCGCAUGUCUGCCAUUCUGGAGGAAAGGCGUAAGAUCAUGAUGCAACAAAUCACUUUUGAGCAGGAAGAAAAGACGGGCUGGACCCAGUCUCUACUGCAAACCUACAAUGAGCAUUUGGACACAAACUCAAAGUUGAUCCAGGCAGCCCAGAGUGCCAUAGACGAGCCUGAGAUGGCUGCUUUUGUGCAGACCUCAAAGGAUCUUACUGAGAAGGUUGGUAAAGCGUCAAAAUGCUUCACUCUGGAGACUCUGGAUCCUGAUUAUCAGAACAUGGAUCACUACAGGGUGGAUUUCGAUGCAGAGGAGAGAGUCCUGCAGCAGCUGGAUUUCAUGGAGAUUGAACCCGAAGUGGAGGAAACACCCGAUGAACCAGAUUCUGAAGCAGAGUCUGAAACCGAACCACUACAGACUCCAGAACCAGAAUCUGAAGCAGACCAGGAUCUAAAGUCAGAGGGUUCUGAGGUGGCAAAUCCCACGCCUGAGACAAUGGAGGACAGCUGGAGACAAGAAGACAGCUGUGGAGAUCUCAAAAAAGUGGCCAUGUGUGAGAAGAAUGGCUUAAGCACUGCACAGGUUGUAACUCUAGUCCUUUAUUUCCUGGCCUUUCUGGUCAUCCUACAGCGAAUAUGGGGACACAUCCAGUGCUUUAUUUUUAUAUAAGGACAGCAUAAAGACACAUUCAGCAGGUCAGAAUUAUAAUUUUCACAUGCUGUUUUAUAUGAAAACGGAGUGAAAUAUUUCUGUAAAAGUAAAAGUAGAGAAAGAAUUAAGAACAGAUUAAACUGGUUUAUGUUCAAAAUCACCUUUCCCAAUUUUCUUGAAACGUUCACACAUUUGAGCUCUUUCAUGAUUAUGACUGAGCCCUCCAGUGGUCACCGGUGAGACUGCCGGUCUCAAGAACGAGGACCUGCUGUCACUCAGAACAGGUUUCCGCGGGUUCUCUUCUUGAUUUGGUUUUUGGAACAAACCUUACUGUGUUUGUGCUGAUAAUUAAAACAUUGUGUCUAC